UCACGAAAGCCAAAAGAAGGUCACAUGAUUUUCAUUAUUUGAUUAACCAUUUUGUAAGUGUACAAUUGAAAGACAAUCUCUCAGCUCUACUUAAAAUUGAUUGGAAUUAUUAUCUGACAAUGUGAACACUAUCUUGGGUUUGUUAACGAAAUUUCGUUUAUUUAAAAUAGAAGGAGAACAGCAGUUGCAAGAGGAAACAGAAGUCACAUUUUAUUUUAGAAAGUUUCAUCAGCUGCAGAUCGACUACAAUAUUUCAAAUGUCAAAAGAAGUAAUAGUCGUUAUGAGGAUAUUUAGGAUAGUUGAUAAAGUCAUAUUAUAUUCCACUGCUGUUUUUCAAUCUAUAUAGCUUCCGUGAAGAGAUUUUCCAUGACUCUACAAUUCACAUCACGUAACUGUCUGCAAGACUAGUCAUUUUGAUAUGCACAAACUACAGGGGAGAUAGACAAAAAUCAAUAGACAGGAAUAACAAGAUACAUUUGUGAAAAAUAUUGGUUAAUAUUAGCCUAGGAUUUCACUCAAUGAUUGCUCAAAUUAAUUGUUCAGUCUGUACUGUGUGAAACGUUUCUGUUCAUUGGUCAGUACCCAAUGUUGCUAUAAUUGAUGGUUUGCUGUUAAAAGAAGAUACUCACCCACGUAAUGAACUACUCAUUAGUGAAACCAGUUGAUUGGCAGUUAAAAUGAAAUGAAAGUGAAUAAAAUAUGAGAAAAUCAGCUUUGUCAUUGACACUGAUGAUGAUAUUCACAAUGAAACUUAUGAUAUUUCAAGUAAAAUUAUACAUUUCUACUCCAUCUUUUGAAUAACUAUUUUUAGAUAUAUUUGUUUAACGGAGUAUUUACAUCACCAUAUCGUCAAACAAAAUAUUUAUAUUUGAAGGAGGCUAAGCGAUAUCCAAUAAUACUAAUACAUGGAAUCGGAGGAACACAAGCACACUGUCGACUGAGAGACUCUGAAUCACACACGAAACGCUUUAUCGUAUGGAUUCGAGUUUUAUACUUCCUUCUACCUGAAAAGUUGUUAUCUUAUAUGGGACUAUCAUAUAACCCUACGUCGAAAACAACACAUGAACGCGGUAUCUGUGAUGUUGAAUUCCCUGGUUUUGGUGAUACAUGGGCAAGUGAAUGUUUAACUGAAGAAAAAUAUGCUCUAUCAAGUUAUAUGAAGCAACUUGUUGAUGGUUUGGCUGAAGAUAGAUAUUUUGUGCGAAAUAAGACAAUACGUGCUGCACCAUACGAUUUUCGCAGGUCACCGAAUGAAAACGCUAAAUACUUUGAUAAAUUGAAGCAGCUUGUUGAGGAGACAUAUAGGAAUGGCGAUAACCGUCCAGUAUACUUACUUGGACACAGUUUGGGAUCAUUAUAUUCUAUGUAUUUCCUCAAGCGUCAAACGAAAGAUUGGAAGAAAAAAUAUGUCAAGGGAUUUAUAUCUGUUUCAGGUCCGUUUGGUGGAUCUGUGGAAGCGUUAUAUGCUGAAGCUUGUGGUGACAAUUUCGGAAUACCCCUUCGUAGUACAUUAGCUUUCCGAGAAGUUGAACGUUCUUUUCCUGCAAUGGUAUUCCUCCUGCCAGAUCCACGUUUAUGGCCAGACGAUGAGAAGAUUAUCAUAACUGCAAAUAAAAAUUAUUCAGCAUUCGAUAUGAAAGAGUUUUUCGAUGAUAUUUCCUUUCCUUCGGCUUCUUCUUCUUCUUCUUCUUCUUCUAGUAACAGCGAAAAGAAACAGUCAACGAAACUAGACAGUGAACUGCUAAUAAAUUCCUUCGAUAAGAACUUUUAUGUAUACAAAAGAUAGCAUGAAGAAUAGUCGAGUCCAAUCGUCACCUCCCAAC